AUGGCGCCACCAUCCGCUACAGGGCAAGUAAGCAUGAGAGCAGCACGCACACUAAUGCGUCUGCUCCAAGGCAUGGGAUUGUGGCCGAUCGGCAAGCCGCAUUCAAGAGAUGACAGCCAACAUCCGCGUCGCCGCCGCUCGCUGGCACACUACUAUGGCUAUCUGCUGCAUUUGCCGCUCACCUUCACCUACAAUACGCUCAUGUGGAUCGAAGCGUUGACGCGUUGGGAACGCGCCGAUGACAUACUCUACAUCUCCAUCACCGAGCUGGGCAUGAUGGCGCUCGCUGUGAAUUUCUGGCGCGUGGAACACGCCGCCUGGCACUUUAUGCACGAGAUCAGCUAUGGCAGCAGCUAUGCAUUGCGUAAUGAGGAGGAACGUGAGUGCUGGCGACAGCAGCAGUGGCUGUUUGAGCGCAUCGCAAUCUGCUAUAUUGGUGGCGGUGUGGGUGUGCUUUUGACUGCUUUCGGCGCAACACUACUCGUGAAUGGCUACAACUUGCCCUACGACUAUUGGCUGCCAUUCGAAUGGCACAAUGCGCACAAUUAUUGGUAUGCCUAUGGGUAUGAGCUGGUAGCGAUGUCGCUUACUUGCAUCUCAAACGUGACCAUGGAUAUGAUGCUGUGCUAUUACCUGUUUCACGUGGCGCUCUUAUACAAGUUAAUUGGCAUACGCCUAAUGGCAUUGCAGCAUUUGCGCGAACCUUUUGCCGUCGCACAGCUGAUAGCCAUCAUCGAGUUACACAAAAAGGUCAAGCGGUUGACGUCGCAAUGUGAGUCGCUGGUGUCCUUCCCCAUUAUGGUGCAAAUUUUGCUCAGCGCCUUGAUUUUAUGCCUUAGCGCCUAUCGUCUACAAAACAUGCAAAUCAGCGAAAAUCCAGGCCAAUUUUUAGCCAUGUUGCAAUUUGCCAGCGUACUGACGUUGCAAAUAUUCCUGCCAUGUUACUUUGCCAAUGAGAUUACCAUAAAUUCGGAUGCACUGACAACCUGCAUAUACAGCAGCAAUUGGGAGGAAUUUUCGCCGGCAACGCGCAAGCAAAUGAAUCUCUUUAUGGAGCUGCUGAAGCAACCCGCGCGUAUUAAAGCUGGAAAUUUCUUCAUUGUAGGGCUACCCAUCUUUACGAAGACCAUGAACAAUGCCUACAGCCUGCUGGCGUUGCUGCUGAAUAUGAGUGAAUAA